CUUGCAAGUGCGACUAUAUCGUGUGUCCCUGGAGCUGGUCGCAACAGUUGUGCCGCAGCCUUUGCGCCCACUCUCCACUACAGCUGCGAUCCGGAAAGGGCAACACUCCCUUUCAAACGCAGGUGUAUCUCACCAACCUCAGAAUCAACCAUGCCGGUGCAAACUAGCGCCCCAACACUCCCGGACUCGUUUCCGUCCUUCAUGUCAGUAUUUGGCGGACGGACGCUUGAUUUUCCCGAGAAGGAAGAGCGAAGCACAGCACGCAAACCACUCCGUCUGCCUACCAAUGUCACUAUCAAUACCUCGACGCGCCGUCCGUUUCAUUACCAGCAUCGUGCGAGCAUUUCCUCCGUGACAUCGGGCUCCACCGACUCUUCACCCACUACUACCAUCUCCACCUUCGACUCGCCCUCGGUGGCGGAUACAUCCCCGAGUUCCUCCCCCGAGUCUCCGUCGUCAAUGCCGUUGGCAUUCAACAAAUUCACCAUGCCUCCGGCACGAAACUUCGAAAACCAGGCUUCCUCGACGAACAGCCUUGCACAAACUCCCUCAGAUGCUUCGAGUCUUCCGCGGCCAGACUCCCCGGGUAGGCGGGCGCGAAACCUCAAAAAUCUCUCACUGAGGAUGCCCCCUCCCUGUCAGUCGCGCCCACCGAUCGCAACAGCUUCCAUGGUCGAAGGGACUUCCCACCAUCUUUCGGCUCCUCCCUCUCCCGUGCACGUACCAUUGAAGGGUAUGCGCCGUAAACCGGCCAACUUGACCAUCCGCACGCCGGGAUUCGGGUCAUUCUCCAACAACAUCACCGAGCUUGUUCCUCCGACUCCGCACUCCUUGCGCCACACCGAAUCAUCACCGUCCCUGACCUCUGUCUUUUCUCCGUCUUUUGGCCCUAAGGGUGGUAUGCAGCUUCCUCGACCUAUGACGCAUCAUGGCGCCCGACGACCGUCGGCUACCUCGGAAAACAACCCGUCGCCUCUGCAAACAGUGGAGGAUGAAGAUUCAGCUUCGGGUGGGGUUUUACCUGAAUUGGAGGAAGAAGACGACCACCUGGAUUCUAGAGAAUCUACGCGGCGUAGCGAGCGGGGAUACCCCAAUGGUCCUAUCCAGAUAUACGAUUCCGGCGUCUAUCUUUACUUGGAACCGACCGCGCAAGAAGCAUCUCAAUUUGAUGUCGUUGUGAAUGUGGCCAAGGAAGUAGCGAAUCCAUUCACGAAAGCCAGCGCCAACACCGAGACCGUGGUGAGCGCUCUGCGCAAUGGAUCAGUCAGCCCUAAGCGCUUGUCUAUUGCGGAGCCGUGGACAGCUGCCUCGGAAACGUCUUUCAAGUCCGCGUUCGAAUAUCCUCAAAGUGAGGCAUCAUCGCCCGCAACUCCCAAGAAGGAUGCAUCCGGACCGGAAUAUGUCCAUGUUGGCUGGGAUCAUAAUUCGGAAAUCCUGGAAGAUCUAUACCCAUUGUGUGAGCUGAUUGACUCCCGCAUUGCAAAUGGAAAGAAAGUCCUUGUGCAUUGCCAAUUGGGAGCUAGCCGGUCGGCCUCGUUGGUCAUUGCCUAUGGUCUUUUCAAGAACCGAGACUUAGAUUUCAACUCGAUGUAUGAAAUUGUGAAGGAACGCAGCCGCUGGGUUGGCCCCAAUAUGAGCCUGAUAUAUCAGCUGACGGAUUUCCGCUCCCGGCUCAUGCGUGGGGACCUCUCCAAGGCCGCUCCCGAAGAGUGGUUCGGCGAAAGUUCGCCAAAGGAGACUGAGCAGCGGCGCUCGCGAGCUUACAAGCGAGAGUCGGUCGAAACUUGCAUUCCUGGCGAUGAAAGUAUAUGCUCCGAUGCGGAACCCUACUCAUCCAAAGCCCUUUCGCAAGCGUCAAUGUGCUCUUUGUCGGUGCCGUCCACCAACCAGACAACACCUGUGUCAAUUGAGAGUCUGGGGUUCACCAAGUCCCUCACGCACAAACGAAGCAUUUCGCCUCGACCAUUGCCCCUACGACAGAGCUUCCAUACCGGAUUGGCGAGUGAUACUACGCCUUCCAAACCGGCAUCGCUUCCAUGGCACAUGGAAGCCGGGCCGUACUCGUAUGCUAAGACCGACAUGUUCAUGCGGGAAGGCUCUGAGGAAUCCAAUGCUCUCUUCUCCCCGAGGACGACGGACUUCAUGGCGGCGCCUGUUGCGCGGUCUGUUUCCGACGUCCUGGAGAAUGAUGGUCUCAACGGACUGCGGUUUCGGUCGCGGAUCGCGGACCCGCGGUCUCCGCCUCCUGGGAACGAGCGGUUGAUUAUGAGAAAUAUUGAUGAAUUUCUGUGAUUCUUGCCAUAUUUGUCUUCGAACUGCGAGGACUGGCCAAUUGGGCGUCAGUCCUGAGAAAUGAUUCCAUGACCUAUUACCCAUCCAACUAUCGCCUGAACCGCACCCGUCAGGUUAAACAUUCAUUCUCUCCUUUUUGCAAUCCCGCCAUUUGUGGCAUCGACACACUCCCUCAUUUUCUUCCUCUCCACCUACUACUUUCCCUUCUCCUGUUUUCAUCUGAUUGAUGAGUUGAUGACCAAAGCGGGCUUUA